GCAAACUAACAAUUUUAUAAUGAAGCAUUUAAAUUUUUUGGUUCUGUUACUUUAACAUUUAUUUUUAAGUCCACAAAAUUCAGUAUUUCAUUUUGUCGAGUUUUUUUCCUCAUUUGAAACUAAAUUAACUAUAAUCAAAAGGGUGAUCCACUGUUAUAGUUUGUGUCUGGAGGCCCCCCUAACGCCUCAGGUAGUCAUGGGGACAGGCCUUUUGGAGGUGGCUGAAUCUAGGGUUUGUGAUUGAUUCAUUGUAUAGUGCUAGGAUUGGCAGUGUGAGUGCAUCACCUGCCCUAGGGUGAGUAUCCUGCAUAGAAUAUAAGGUAGGAAAAGAUGUUUGCUUUCCCCUUUUGCUCUUGUUACUUUGGGCAUCUUCUGCUAUCCUGAACAGUGGCCUGUCUGCCAUGAGCCACCCUGCUUUGGAACCAGCUGAUUACAGACUGAAACCUUCACAAACUAGAGAAAAGAAGAGCAUUACUGCUCACCGAAUCAAGGGAUCCAGUGGGGAGGCCUCAGUCACUGCUGAUAGCCCGCCACCAUCCAUGUCCUCGGUUAUGAAGAAUAAUCCACUCUAUGGUGGCCUGAGUUUGGAAGACGCUAUAGAAGAAAGCAAAAAAAGUCCUUCAUGGACUGUUGAGGAAUACGACAAGCAUUCCUUGCACACAAACCUCUCAGGACAUCUAAAGGAAAAUCCUAAUGACCUACGAUUUUGGCUGGGAGACAUGUACACGCCGGGUUUUGACACUUUAUUGAAAAAGAAAAAGAAGCAUGACAAGAGGUCAAAAUUAUGUCGCAUGGGUUUGAUUUUCCUGCUCGUUGCCUCGGUCUUCAUUACCAUAGUGACUCUCAGCACUUUGCUCACCUAAAGAAACUGCCACAGACAGAGCCCCCUUCAAUUUUUAAAACAAUUUUUAUAAAUAUUUGCAAAAAAGUCUUCAUGUAGUAUGAAUGUACUGUUGAUUGUACAAUUAAACACAAUUGUUCGGUGAAA